GCGAACGAGCGGAAUAGGGAUGCUGCGUGAGAGCCGAGAGAGGUGUUUCAGUCGCGCGACGGCUCUCGUCCCGGCCAGUCGAUCGAGCUUGUCGUCCGUCACGCCGUCGUCGUCGACAAGCGCAGCGACCAGCAAUAACGGUCGUCGCGUCAGAGAUCAGUGCCGCGUAAUUUUUCCCGCCGAUCGGCCGAUCCCGCGGAGCGUGGUGCUGCGGCGCGCGCGAAACGCGGGAACCUCCGCUCUCCCCCCUUUGCCCUCUUCCCCACCCCCCUCGCGCUCCUCCACCGCGCGGCGGCCCAGUCCGCCGCUUCGAGUCGCGCAGCGAGGCGCCAGGCAGCUUCCUCUCUCGUCGCAGCAACCACCUGUGCCCGCGAUUCUCGCGAUCGUGUCGCGCCGCUAUGCCGACGAGCCGGACGGCGGACGGCGUGUCGCGACGGUAAGGAACGCGCCCGCGUAAAAAUCGUCGUCCUCGGCGGUAGCUGACGACGGUCCGGAGUCAAGGUCAUCCGAACGGGCUUGCCGCUCUUCUCGCCCUCUCUCUCUCCUUUCCCCUCUCCAUCUGUUUCGCGAAGGCUCAACGGGUGGAAGUUCGACGAGCAAGAGUCGCAGCUGGGAGCACUGGAAGUCGUUGGCGGGUAUCGUCGUCGGCGCGGGAGCGGGAGACAGGAGCUACCUCCCGGAGGAAGGAGAACCGAAACGGAAAAUACCCCCCUCAAUUCGAGCGCACCGCCGAACAACGACCUCCGUCUACCCCUCCGCGCCUCGCUCUCCUCAGCAGCGGGACUCGUCUAACGUCAUCGUCGUCGUCGUCCAGGCCGGAAGUCGUACUCCAGGGAAUUUGACGGCGAAGCAAGCAAGAAAGAUGUAAUUUAGCUUCCCGCCGUAUUACGACGGGGGAUAACGUGACACGAGUACGUAUGGGGACAUCGGAAUUGACGUGUGUGACCGUUGACAUGCCGGCGAUGUCGGGAGCGUAAAACGGCGGCGUCUGUCCGCGUCCGCCGCCCCCCUCCCAUCUAAAGAUGCUGGUGGACGACUACGGAAGCGGGAUGGGGUGGACUACGGCUAGCGUGCGCGGCGGUUGGUCCACCCCGGGAUGCAGAAACUCAGCGAUGAGCUUCGGCGGCAGCGUGCCGUCCCUGCACCCGACCGGCUCGAUAAGAUCGUUGCGCUCGCAACACUCCAUGCAGGCUCCGCCCGAAACACCGCGAAGGUGCAUACAUUGUCAUCCGGUACAUGUCCCCAGUACCCCCAAUAAUUACAUGCAACAUCCUAUGCAGUACUAUACGCCGACUCAUUGCAUGGAGGGUCAGAAUGGCAUGUACGCGCCUCACCGAAGUUCGUACCACGGCGACACUCGUUUACAUGGACGUUACAUGGACGUUGAUGAUACCAUAGGUGGCAGUAACUGGGCUAUGGGCGACCUACGCAGUCUGCAUCGUUGCGUACCUGCACUUCGUCGUACAGGAAUAGACGUCGCCGGUAUGCGGACGCAUUUUUAUCCAGAGGGUGGAUGGGGCUGGCUGGUUUGCGCCGCGGGUUUUCUCGCCCUGUUGCUCACCACCGGGAUGCAGCUCGCCUUCGGAUUACUCCAUCUUUACGCCGCACGACAUCUUGGUGAGGCCCAUCUGAUGGACAUAGUGUGGGUGGGGGCGUUGAGCGCCGCGAUCUCCCGCGGCUCGGCGCCGCUGGUCGUUGGCGCGUGUCGCCGCGGCAAUACCAGGCUUACGGCGGUGAUCGGUGGCCUCGUGCUGGCUCUGGCGUCGCUCUUCACCUCGUUCGCCGUCCAGAUGCAUCAAGUGCUACUUAGCUACGGCCUGGUGCUGGGCACGGGGACCGGCCUCGUGAGGGAGACCGCCGGUCUGGUAUUGGGCAAUUACUUCAGAAAACGUCGGGAGUUCGUCGAGAUGGUGGUGCAGGCCGGCACCGGCGUGGGAAUAGUGCUCUUCAGCGUCGUCUACAAAGAGGCGGUCGGGAAGCUGGGUUGGCGACUGGGACUUCAAUCGGUAACCGGAGCGCUCUCCCUGGCCUUCUUCCUGGGGCUGAUUUACCGGAGUGCCUCGCUGUACCACCCGCAGCGGCGAGCUAUAUUACAUCUAAAAAUUCAGCGCAGCAAACUCAAAGAGAAGAAAUCCGCGAGCAAGGCACCGAGGCAGCCGUUGGUCGACCUGAGCCCCUUGGGAUCGCGUCCUGUGAGAAUGCUCAUGCUCGCCGCCGGUGCUGCUGGUUUCGGUCUUUACACUCCAGCUUUCUAUAUCGCUCUGCAAGGCUACCAGGACGGAUUGGAGGCCAGCGCCCUGGUACUGCUACAGACCUUUCUGGGCCUGGCGGCGGCACUCGGAUGCGCGGCUUUAGGGGUGGUUAUCGUCAGACCUUCCGCUCAGUGCCUAGUGUCCAGGCAAUAUCUCUGUCAAGCGGCACUCAUCGGGGUUGCCGUAGCUCAAGUGGCGCUUGGUAGCGUGCAAGGUUAUCACGGGCUUGUGCUGGCCUCUGCUCUCUACGGCGCCUCGCUCGGCGGCACCCUCUACUCUCUGAAGAUGCUGGCCCUGGAGAGGCUGCGAGCGAGACACUUCGCCAGAUCGUGGGCUUUGGUGCAAGCCGCGGAAGCCCUGCCCAUCCUUCUCGGAGUUCCUCUCACAGGAUACAUGAACGCGAGCAGCCCGCGGGUUGGUUAUUACGCGUGCACGCUGAGUUCCUUGUGCGGUGCGGCGCUUCUCUUCCUGGUCGGCUGGGGACGGCAGCCGGCGUCGCCGAUCCUACCGGGGCCGCGUCUCACGAGCCUCGGGAUUGUGCCGCCGCCGCCGCCGUGCGCGUGUCCGCCGCCGCCGCGGCCCCGGCUGCCCAAGUCGCAAUCCCUGCACGUGCCGCUGGACGUCGAGGAUAUGCGCGAGCGCGAGUUCGUCGAGCGGGUGCACGAUCAUCACCACCCGAUCGUCGACCACUACUGCCAUCCGCAGUUCCACACGCCGUUGAGGCCCAGCAAGAGUGUGCCGGAGGGCCUUGGCCAUCAGGAUCCGUAUCACCGUGCCAGGCCACCGCGACGUCACCGCGACAUCACCGUCAUAGAACAGAUCACCACCAGUGUGUAAGACGAGAGGGGUGUUUUGGCAACCCUCUGACCCCUUAUCCUCGGGUCGCGUCACUAGGCUAAUGGGAACCAAAGAGUUCGGCAGCGUUCGUUUCAAUCUGUAAUUUUUAUUUUAAAUUUAUCAGCAUUCUUAUCGUACAAGCAUUCUUAUCGUUGCGGUGACGCAGAGGAUGCCGCGCUAUCGCGUUUCAUCGAGACGCGAUCUGCAUGAGUUGUUCAGGAAGUCUCUAUAAAAGCUUUUAUCUUCUUACCUUUCUUAUGCUUCGAAAGUCACGUAGUGUGGGAACAAGCUUUUUUUAUCGCGUUUUUUUAUAUUUAUAAUUUACGUCGCUAUUAGAUUUCGUUCUUACACAACUAUUCGCUGGAAGGUCUUCCCUCCCCCUGUUAUUUUCCACGUGUUUUGUGUAGUCCGCGUAAGUAUUGUAUAAUUUGUCGGAAAAUUUAGGAUGGAUCUUGAAGAAGGUUGGGGACCAUUAGCGUAAAAGCCGGCGCGCAGUUGCAAGUAUAAACGGAAAGUAAAAAUAGUAGAACCAUGAAAAGGGGAAAUAAUUGCGCGCGUGCAAGAUAGCUACUCGUGCAAUCGUAAAUCAUGAAAGAAUGACAGUUAAAGUUCUUGAGAAAUAUCCCUCACGCUACGUUCUUUUCCUGGCUGCUAAGCGAUCGACUAUUAAAUUGAAUUGGCGUAAAAAGUCUGUAUCGAAUAGAUGAAAUUAAGUAUAUUAUACGCGCACUAGGAAAGUAUUUAUUCGUGUUAAUGCGCUUGUUUGAAGUAUGUCACUGUCAGGGAAACGACGGGAACUGUCCGCUAGCUAAACGCAUAUUCAACGACAAAGUAUGACGGAUGAAGAAGCAAUGUCGUUGCAAAGACAUAAUAAAAAAUUCGAUCUUUUUUUUUCAUUUUUUAUGAAAAAGAUAUUUCUAAACUUGUCUGAAUACAGAUGCAAAGAUAAUAUCAUGUUCGACCAUCUAAGUAAUUACACGAGACGCUCAACGAAUUAAAGAUACAAGGAAAGAAUAGAGUAAUUAAUUAAUUAAAUGGCUGGAUGUGGGUGGUUAAGUUACAAUGUAAAAGUUGCUUUCUUAACUAUGUAUACUGCAAAAAUAAAUUCUGUUCUAUUCUAUAUUAGACGUUCGCACUGGCUGUUAGAAUGUUGAAAUUUUUUGCAGCACUAUCUUCUUGGUUGAAUAUAAUUGGUCCUAUAUAAUUUUCCAAUCUGUAUCUAAUUAAAUUUUUGCUUCAACAAAAUUGUUCUUUUCGUAUACUAUUUCUAAAAAUUGAAAAAAAAAACGUAAAUGAUGAUUAUAAUGACGUGGUUGAAUGGCUUCGUAUGUGUCAAUUCAUUUAUAUGUUUUAUAUACCAUCUUAUAUGAAUAUAAUAAAGUUGCAAUCUAUAUAUAUGUAUGUGUUAGAGUUGUAAAACAUGUCUAUAUAUAAUAUUAACGUUAUUCGAAAUAAUCGUCUGUUUUGUCAAAUUCAGAUGUCAAAAUUUUUUAAUUCUAAUAUUAGUAUUCUAAUGUUAAAGUCCGGGUUGCAUUUAUACCAA